AGCAAGAGGAGUGCGAGAAAGGAAAAGCAAAAAGUUUCAUUUAAUGUUAAUAUUAUUACCCUAAGAUUCCGCUGCCUAUGAGCGAAGCAAGGUGUUCUUCUUUUCUUUCAGGUUGCACCAUGAGUAUUGCACAAGCUAUGCUCCUGCAUGGAUCACAUUUCACUGCCUUUUCCAACAAAAGCCGACUUCCUAGUUCUUCUUUCUGAGGGCAACUUCUUCUUAUUCUAUACCUGGCUUCAUUCUAUUGAUUACAUGAUGAGUGCAGUGUAAGAUAUGCUAUCACAUUUCAUCAUUCUUCUAGUCGUUUUCUCAAGGCUAUCAUAUUCUACCAGUCCAACAAUCUUUCCUACCCUUUACCGAGCCUCGUCCUUCUUUCCAUUGGUUUGCUCUCUUCUUUAUAAAGAAAACCCUUUUUAUUCUUGAACCGAGGAAGAUAAUGGCAGAAGCUGCUAUCUCCAAUAUUGUUGGUACAAUCACCAAUGGGUUGGCACCCCUGAUUCAGCAACGAAUUGAACUAGCAUGUGGAGUUGAAGAACAGCUUGAAAAGCUUAAAGACAUAUUAUUUAGUAUUGAACCUGUACUUCAUGCUGCAGAGGAGGAACAUGACAAAAACGAGGAGGUUAGGGUUUGGUUGGGAAAGCUUAAAGAAGCAGUCCACGAUGCGGAUGACGUGAUUGAUGAAUACCAGACUGACAAUGUGCAAAGGCAGGUCCUGGUGUAUAGGAGCUUGAUAAAGAAGGUACGCAACUUUUGUUCGCUUUCAAACCCUAUCUUGUUUCGUUUUCAAUUGGGUCAAAAGUUAAAGGAAAUUAGAGAGAUCAUAGCUGAAAUUGCAAAAGAUAGGUCUAACUUCCACUUUACGGUACAAAGUGCGAGAGUUGACAGAGUUGUUCCAUUAAAAAGGGAACAAACUGGCUCAGAUGUUUCAUCAGAGGUUAUAGGAAGGGAAGAUGAUAAGGAGGCGCUAAUCAAAUUGUUGCUGUCUUCUACUGAGAAAGAAAAUGUUACCAUAAUUCCUAUCGUUGGAAUGGGUGGGUUAGGAAAGACUACACUUGCUCAAUUGGUCUUCAAUGACGAUAGAGUUGCAUCCCAUUUUGAAUAUCGUAAAAUAUGGAUGUGUGUCUCUGAUGACUUUAAUGUGCGACAGAUUUCACAAAGAAUUGCUGAAAAAUUGGAUCUUAAAAACUAUGGCCACUUGGAUUUUGAUUUGUUGCAAAUCAUUCUUAAGAAACAAAUGAGCACCAGCAAGUAUUUACUAGUCCUAGAUGAUGUUUGGAAUGAUGAUAGAGUAAAAUGGUUUCGCUUAAAAGAUUUGUUAAUGAAUGGUGCCAGGGGGAGUAAAGUUUUAGUAACCACACGUGGUAGGAUGAUUGCAUCAAUGAUGGCCACUGACACACGCUAUGUAUAUAAUUUGAGUGGUCUUCCAUAUGAUAGGUGUUUGGAUUUGUUUCUGUCAUGGGCAUUUGAUAGAAUUCAUGAUCGACCUCAAAACCUAGUAGCAAUUGGAAAGGAUAUAGUUAGUAAAUGUGGAGGGCUUCCUCUUGCUGCAAGAACGUUGGGUUGCUUCUUAUACCAGAAGGAUGAAGAUGAAUGGCUGUUAGUGAAGAAUAGUGAGAUAUGGGAACUAGCUCAGAAGGAAGAUGAUGUUCUUCCUGUUUUAAGAUUGACGUAUGAUCAAAUGCCACAUUACUUGAAGCAAUGCUUUGCGUUUUGCUCUUUGUUUCCCAAAGAUCAUUCAAUCGAUAAGGAAACACUAAUCCACAUGUGGAUGGCUCAAGGUUUCCUUCAAUCAUCUGAUGGAAGUCCACCUGAGAAGAUUGGCCACAGGUAUGUUAAUGAACUCUUGUCAAUGUCUCUCCUGGAAGAUGAACUUAAAUAUCCUGAUGAUGAAGCAAGACACUGCAAAAUGCAUGAUCUAAUUCAUGAUCUUGCACGGCUGGUUGCUGGAACAGAGUGCUCAAUCAUCACUGCUCAUUCUAAGAUCCCUAGCAAAAAAGUUAGACAUGUUUCUGUUUUCGGUUUGCCUGAAAACUCUUCAUCGAAAGUCAAGGAUUCAAUUUCAGAAUUAUUAUGCAAUGCAACAAAGUUGCGAACUCUUUACUAUCAUCUACUACCGGAGCAAAACAAGACAGUAAUUAAUCUCCUUGCAAAUCUCAAGUACCUGCGCAUCCUUAUUCUAACUGAAUCAAAAUUUUAUGGUUUGCCAAGUUCCAUUGGUAGCUUGCUGCAUUUAAGAUAUCUUGAUCUCUCUAAGAACUAUCACAUUAGAAGACUUCCACAUUCUAUAUGCAAAUUGCAAAAUUUGCAGAAGUUGAAACUAUAUGCUUGCAGGCAGCUUGAGGAGUUGCCAAAAGGUACUUGGAAGAUUGCUACCCUACGACAUUUGGAAAUAACUUCGAAGCAAGAGUUCUUGCCAAAGAAAGGGAUAGAGUGCUUGACUUCGCUUCGUUCAUUGUCCAUCCACAAUUGUUAUCGUCUUUCAACUCUGGUUCGAGGAAUGCAGCACUUGACUGCUCUUCAAAAAUUAUGUUUGAUUGAUUGCCCCAGUCUCACUUCUUUAGAGUUCAGUUUGAAUUCCCUCAUUUCCCUUGAAAGUCUGGAGAUUCGUAACUGCAGUGGUCUUGAGUUGAGUGCACAACUGAAGAAGAGAGAGGAAGAUGGCUUGGAAGGGCGCCGGCGCCUUCCAUCAUUGCUCAAUAUUGUAGGUCUUAAUUACAAAAAAGAGCAAAUUGAGGAUGAGGAGAAAAAAGAAGAGGGCCACCAAGGCCUUCAAAAGCUUCGGUCUCUGACUUUUGUUCAGCUUCCCAAGUUGAUAGAACUGCCAAGCGAGCUUAAAAAUGCUGCUAGCAGCCUGCAAUAUCUUUCUAUUUCCUAUUGCGAGAGGCUUUCUUCUCUGCCAGAUUGGUUGCCACAGUGCAUGGCACUGAAGAGGUUAGAGAUUGAGAGGUGUCCAAUUCUCCCAUCUCCACCAGGAAGCCAGAAUGGUCGUUAUAGCAUCAUCUCACCUUCUCAAGAUGAAUUGAAGGAGCUAGUACCAAAACCAAGAAACAAAGAGUAAACCUUUGAAGAAGCAAAUACUAUAGAGUUGUAUGAGCUUACCGAAGAACGUUCGAACCUGGAUGAGUUCUAGAAGAACAAUUCAAAGCUGCUGCAAAUAUGACCGAGUUUCACCAAAAGAUCUCCCUCGUGAACAUUGUGUAUAGUUUAACUUCAUCGUUUUUAAGGCAUGUAAAUUUAGUUGUGAUGG